AUGCAGAUAGUUCAGUAUGUGCCUAACAAUAUAAAAAGACUGCCCCCGAUGAAAGACAGAUCAAAUCCUCUGGGAGCCAUUGGCGAUAAGUAUAACAGGGCUAGAACUGAUAGGCAACAGCGGAAGAAGAAUUCCAAAAAAGAAUACUUGGGCAGGUCAAUAUCAGACACCUGUUCUCGCUGCAAAGAACGCUUGCCGACGAUUCUUUGCAUGCAAUGUAAAGAUUUGUAUUGCCCCGAAUGUUGCUACAGAGCCACAUCUGUCUGUCAGUUACUUAAACACACAUUACUUCCAAGUUAUCAUCACCUGUACAAUCGUUCAUGUGAAAUGGAUUUUAUGUAUUGCAAACUCCACGGAAACCCUUCAACAUUAUAUUGUAAAGAAUGUUUUGUCCUUAUAUGUCAGGAAUGCAGUUUAUACGCUCAUAAACAACAUCAAUAUACGCCAAUAAAUGGUGCUUAUGAGAAAUGUUGCUUAGAAGCAUUUGAAAUAGUAGAAUAUGCAGAAAGUAACAUCGAAACAAUAAAAAAUGAAAUAGAUCGUAUAACAGCUAUGAUCAAUAGUUACGAAGAAGAAGCUGCUGAUGUUAAAACGAAAAUCAAGGAAUCUAAGCGGUGUCAUGAUCAGGCUAUUAAAAAUCGUCAAACAAAAUCUAACGAGUUGUCCGAUUAUAUGACUCAACUGCAGGGUAUACUCGCUGCUUUUGGUCGUCUCAAUGAAAGUUUAGUGGAGAGCAUGGAUGCCGAAGGAACAGAAUCGACUACGGCUGAAAAAUCGGGUAGAUUACAAGUGGAAUACUUUACGGCCAUGUUCCAUAAGAUGCGUGUCACUGAGGAGAGAGUCGCGUUUGUUUUACCCAAUAACGAAUUAAUGGAACAUUUGAAAUGGCAAUCAAUGUGA